GCAGGCACUUUUCUAGAUUGUUUAUUGCAGACGGUGACACAAAGAUGACAAAAAUAGCACUUGUUUUCCUUCUGGGGUCCCUGCUGGUCUGUUCAGGUGUUUCAGAUGUUCAGAUGGAAAUCUUGCAGCAGUCGGACCUUCUGAAUCCUGAGCAGGGGUUGAAGUUCAGUGAUUAUGACAACAAACUGCUUGUGUUUUGUAAUAUUUGUAAAAAUGUCAUGAGGAAAGUAAUAAUCGCUGUUGGAAAAACAGUUUCUAAGGACGAGAUCAAUCGGCAGCUUGAUAAGAUCUGUAUGAAAUUAAGAAUACCCGGAUGUAGACGUUUUGUGCAAAAAUAUAAAAAUGCACUGAUCAACGCACUGCUCGCUGGUAACCGAGCCCAGGCCACCUGUGUUCAAUUGAAAUUGUGCAAAAAUAUGUAGCCUAGACUACAUUCAAUCUGUAUGAAUGUUCAAACAUGUUUUGUAAUUGAUAAUUUUUUUUCCUCAUGUUAUCAUUUGUUAACCUUUAUAAUAUGUAACUUUGAAACAUGUAAGUCAAACAUUUGAUCAAAAUAAAUCAACAGUCAA